CUGUCUGAUGGCCACGGAAACCGAGGAAGUGCUGAGUGUUGGGUGGGGCAAGGCUGUACCAGCUGUUUACCAGCAGCCCUGACUGACACGGACAGGGGCCAGGCUGGGCCGGGCCGGGCCGGGCCAGGCCAGGGGUCAGCUGUGCAGGACCACACACCACAAGUGCUGGGUUAGCAGCAGCUUCACAGACAUGUGCGGAGGAGUGUGUGCAGACAGGCAGUGGGAGCCUGCGCUGUGAGGCACCAGACCAUCCCAACACUGGGCACGAGUUAGUUUGUCAAAGGAUCAACCGUGAGAUCGCAGGGACAGAGAACAAAGCCACAUCCUGAGGCAGCAGAACCUGAGUAACAAUACUUGACCUCGCUUCUCUACAACUGCUUGUGAGGAGCAGACCCUGUCCUGCUGCUGCUGGGGAUUAACCCCGAACAUCACACCAUUCAUUAAACAAUAAGUGCUUGGGUGUUCAGAGGUGACAAACUGUGUCCAGCACGGCUUCAUAACAACUCGGGAUGUGGUGGUUCCAGCAGGGGUUGUGUUUGCUGCCGGCUGCCUUAGUGGUCUGGUCCUCAGCCGCAUUCAUCUUCUCCUUCAUCAUAGCUGUACUUCUUCGCCAUGUUGACCCUCUGGUACCUUACAUCAGUGACACAGGAACGAUGGCGCCAGAGCGUUGCUUGUUUGGGAUUAUGCUGACCAUCUCAGCUUUCCUAGGUGUCUGCACAAUGUAUGUACGGUACAAGCAAGUUGAAGCACUGAUCCCUGAGAACAUCUGUAUCACCAGAUGUAACAGGUUGGGGCUGGUCCUGGGCUUGCUUAGCUGCCUUGGGAUCUGUAUUGUGGCAAACUUCCAGAAAACUGCUAUAAUCCACGCUCAUGUGUUAGGAGCGAUUCUGACCUUCGGCAUGGGCUUCAUCUACAUUGUGGUGCAAACGUUCAUCUCCCAUCGCAUGCAGCCGCACCUCCACGGGAUCGCCAUCUUCUGGAUCCGCUGUGCCCUCCUCAUCUGGUGUGGAGCGAGCAUUGUCAGUAUGUUUGUUUCCUCUGUGACUCUCUACUCAAUGAUAUCUGCCAAAGAAAUGGCAACCAGGCUCCACUGGGACACCACAGACAAGGGUUACACACUUCAUCUGGUCAGCACCAUCUCUGAGUGGUCGCUUGCCUUCUCCUUCCUCAGUUUCUUCCUUACAUACAUUCGGGAUUUCCAGAAAAUAACUUUACAUGCUGAGGUGGAUCUACACAGUGAGACCCUGCACGAUGGACCACAGUGGAACAUGCCCCAUGGAGAGCGCACCCCUCUGCUUGCAGGCAGCUUGUGACCCAACGCACUGAAGUGAUUAAGACCACCAGCAUCUCCGGGACUAAACCUCCUGAUAUCCAGAAGCCAGAAUGCACAGCUGUGCUGUGAACCUUUCCUGUCUGUCUGUAUUUCUGUCUGUUACAAAUUCAACCAAUGGAUGCUCUCUUCUCAUCUUAGAAUAGUAGUGCUUCCAUAAAGAGACUGCUGCAUCUCAGUAGACGAUCAAUAGAGCCAUCAACAAGGUCAGUUGUGGAACAGCAAUACUCUUUGAGUGGCACUGCGCCAUGGUGAGGGAUGGCUUCACAAAGCACUUAGCCUUAUGUACCUUAAGCAUCCAAGAGGACAAGGAUCCCUCAUCAGCAGCAUGUUGCACUAUAGAUCACACCUGCCAAUAGAACCAUGCAAUGAGCUGGAAGACUAAUCUGACCCAUUAUCAGGACCUGUAUUUGAGGUUAGGUUGCCUUGAUCUCUCAAGGGGAUUAUUAUUAAGCAAUAACUGCUGGUGGAAGCAUUGUGAACAUUACAUGUCUGCUGGUCUUUUGGAUGGUUAAAGCAAUUGGCUUUCAAGGUCUCUGCACAACGCUGGAUUUGGAGGCCAUCACAGUGGCUCACACCGUCCAGGAUCUUACAGACAAAACUUAACCCAUGCAAUAUGCACAUUAAGGAUGAAUACCAUGAGCUCUUGGUAUGUUAUAACCCAACUUACAUUUGUUUUUUUCUGGUGCUGUUGAAAAUUGCUGAGUGAUUGUCUGACCAUGUUGAGGUUUCACCUUUUGGAACUGAAUUAGAAUCCUGUCCAUCAUGACGAGAUGGAAGUCUGUGUGUGAGUGUUGACAGCAUUACGUUUGGAGUGAUCUCAAUACAGUGAAUUGGGACUCGCAGCAGAAAACUGUCUGAAUUCAGCAUGAAGUGGUCAAUCUGCUUUGCCAGGAGAGGCUCAGGAAGGGUGAUGUGACAAACACAAACUAUCCUCUGCCUUUGACCAUUCUGACAAAUUUACAACAUUACCAAGAUCUGUAAAUUUACCAAUACCCAGAAUUCUCCCUCCUCACAAAGCCCCGAAUAUCUCAUGAUCUUAACCUUAAUACCAUCGUCUUCAAAUUUAAAAUGAUAUAGAACUUUUGAAAAAUAUUCAAAUGCAGUGUUAAUUAAUGUAAUUAUACAAAGAACUGUGAAAAGUGGCUUCAAAAUUAAGAUUUUUUCCCCCCCCGACGUUCUGCAUGAUACUACCUUUUAAAACAGUAGGUAAGAAGGUAAACAUGAGGAUAUUUUUGUUGCUAAAUGUGUGAGUUGCCCUGCGUCAGUGGUAACUUCUUACUUGGAUUGAAUCAUAGAAUAUUACAGCAAACAACGAGGCCAUUCGGCCUAUCGUG